CUCCUCCUCCCCCGCCCCCCUCGACAACUCUGGCCCAAAGGGCCUCGGGCGACCCUCCGAGCCGCCGCCGCCCUACACGGGAGCGCCGCGGGCGCCCCCCCCGCGCAUGCGAGGGCGAGCAGCGGAGCGGCAGCAGCGAUGCCCCCGAUCAGGAGGUCCGCCUCCGCGCCGGGCGUCCCCGCGGACCAGGGCGGCCCGCCGGAGCCCGCGCUGCUGCGGCGGAGCUCGAUCCCCCCGCAGCGCGGGGACCUGAGGCUUGACGACUUCGAGGUGGUCGGGAAGCCCUUGGGCUGCGGGUCCUUCGGCUCAGUGAACAAGGUCGUCCGGAAGGACACCGGAGAGGUCUUCGCGAUGAAGGUCAUGUCUAAGUCGCAGAUCCUCGAGUUCAGCCUGGGCGAGAACAUCGAGCGGGAGAUCAGCACGCAGCAGAAGGCUCGUCACCCGAACAUCUUGCGGCUGCACGAGUAUUUCGAGGACCAGGAGGGCGUCCACCUCCUCCUGGAGUAUGCGCCGCAUGGGUCGCUCCUCGACCUGCUCAAGGACCGCCGGAAGUCGGCCGCAGCGUCCGACAACGCGCAGCAAGGCCUCCCCGAGGUCCAAUCCGCGGGCAUGUUCCGCGACGUGGCGGAGGCUCUCCACUUCCUCCACUGCAACUGCGUUGUGCACAGGGACCUGAAGCCAGAGAACAUACUCAUCUGCGAAGGGGGCGUGGCGAAGCUGGCGGAUUUCGGCUGGUGCAACCAGCUCGCGAAGGGCGCUGGCCGCAGCACCUUCUGCGGCACAUGGGAGUACCUCUCGCCGGAGAUGAUCGCCAACGAGCCGUACGACUUCAAGGUGGACGUGUGGGCCGCCGGCGUGCUCCUCUUCGAGAUGCUCGUCGGGCGCUCGCCCUUCGCCGCGAGCAACUACGUGCAGGCGCUCUCCAAGAUCUCGAAGGUGGCCUACGAGUUCCCGGGCCACGUCUCGGCGCCCGCCCGGGACCUGGUGGGCCGCCUGCUCGUGAAGGAGCCUCGCCGCCGCCUCGGCCUCGGCAAGGCGGUGGAGCACCCGUGGGUGCGAGAGCACACCUCCCUCGAGCGGGCCGAGCCCGCCCAGGAGAGCGUCGACCAGCGGAGCCCUCAGGCUGCGGGCGACGGGCCGCCCGAGCCCUGCCGCGGCGCGCGCGAGAGGGCGCCACAGGCGCAGGGCGACGUGCACGCGGUGCUGCUGCGCGCCGUCAGGGCGCGGAGCAGGACGCUCCUGGAGAGCGCCCUGCAGAAGGCCCUGGCGGCGGGCCUGCAGGCGCACGAGCUGGCCGAGGCCCGCCGCGCGCUCGAGGAGGUGAGGCGGAGGUCCGAGGCUCGGCGGCGCCUCAUGUCCGCCACGCACAGGCGCUCGCGGGCUGAGCUCCGCAUGGCGCUGGCCGAGGUGGAGAAGCUGGACCCUUCAGAGGACUGCGAGCUGGUCGAGCACGCGAGGGCGGUGCUGGCCAGCCUCUCGGACGAUGUGGAGUCCGACCAUGCCACGCUCGACACCGCGCCUCCCUCGACGACCUCUGGCCACCGCUCCCUCGAGGCCACGGUCGACGUCGCCUCUCCCCCGAUGACCUCUGGCCACCGUUCCCUCGAGGCCACGCUCGACAUCGCCUCUCCUCGCUCGCCCGAGCCCACGACGCCCGCCGCCGCCGCCGCCGCGCCCGACAUCCAGGCGAUCUACGAGGCCACCGCGCGCACCAUCCAGGCGGUGUACGAGGCCAGGGCCUCGCGAGCCGCACCCGCCGCAGACGCCCUGGCGGGCCUGCCGCAGCCUCCCCCUGCCGAGCACCCCAGCGGGGUCACGACGGCUGCCGGCCCCUGCAGGGACCGCCAGGAGGCACUGCGCCCGCCCUCGCCUCUGGGCUCGGGCUCCUUCCUCUGGGACUCGCCGAGCAGCCCUGCGCCCGCGCGGCCGCCCGCGCCCGGCGUCGUGCAGCUGGCGUCGGGGGGGAGCUGCGUCUCGGGCGCCUCGGAGCUGUCGGAGAGCACCUGCUCGGGCACCUGGUCGGGCUCGAGCUGCGACAGCCCGGCCCGGACCCUGAGCCUGGGCCUGGCCAGCCCGGUGGGCUGCGGCAUCCGCGAGCGCCUGGCGCGGCGGAAGCGGCAGCUGUCCCUCUCCGGCACGGCGGACGGCGCGUGCAUGGACGACGCGCUCGGGAGGGACGGCCUCUCCGCGACCUGCCCGCCGAAGCUGCUGCCGCAGCUCCCCGAGCAGCACGGCGCCCGCGCCGAGCCGCCCGCGGGCUGCCCGAGCCGGCCUCCUGGCGCGGCCGGGCUCCCGACCGAGCCCAUCGUCGCAGCUCCGCGUGCAGCAGGCGCGGCCACCGCCGAGCAGCGCGGCGGGACAACGACGACGGCCAGCGAGGAGCCACGAGCGCCUUCGCCGCCCCGGGCCACCCUCGCCACGGGAGGCGCCGAGCUGCCAAGGCAUAGGGAGAAGGACGUGGACCUCGAGGACCUGCAAGUCGCCAUCCCAUGUACUCUACUGGAGAGGUUCAUCUGACCCGCACGAUUAGAUCUGUCCCACCUCCCGCCACUGGUCAUGUCCAAUUCCCCUGACCAAACAUGGGGGGCAGCAUGAGCCUGCAGGGCGGGCGUGACCGCCGGCCCCGGGCCGGCUUGCUGCCCGGCCGGCGGCCGUCCGUCGGAGAGGCGGCCGCGCACGGCGCGGCUGCGGUCCCUGCUGGCGCACGGGCCCGCCCAGAAGCGGCGCGUGUGGCCGUCGUGCGGGGGCGGCAGCGAGGGGCUCGGCAUCGCUCGGACGUGUGCAUUCUUUCUCG